AUGGCAUGGGCUCGCUUCUCAUCCGACCCCCUCUUCACGCCAACGCUGCGCCAAGCUGCCACCUGCACCCUCAACUCCAGCGAUGUGAGGGGCCUGCUCGAGGAGUUCUACCACGCAACUGGCGGACCCUGGUGGUCCAGCAGGGGCACCGGCUACAGUGAGUGGCUCUCUGGCGGUGACGCGUGUUAUUGGCUCGGCGUCCAGUGCGCGCCUUUCACGCCGACGUCCUACAACAUCGACCUCGACAACAACAAUCUCACGGGCAGCUUGCCGGCCUCGUGGUCGCGCUUCUGCAGCCUCUCCACGCUCAUCCUCUCUAACAACCACCUCAGCGGCCCGCUGCCGGCCUUUGGCGCCGAUUUCGGCGGCUUGAACGAGAUCACCCUCAGCGGCAACAACUUCACCGGGCCAUUGCCCGAGGAGUGGUGUGAGAUCCCCAUCGGCAUACUAGAGCUGGCGCGCAAUAACUUGACCGGCGCGAUUCCUCCGUGUCUCCUGCGCCUGAGCCGGGCCAGCACGAUCGACCUCUCUAGCAACCGGUUCCAUGGGACCAUGCCCAGCGUUUCAUCCGAUACACUUUGGAACCUGGACUUGUCGAACAAUCAGCUCUCGGGCGCCUUGCCGUCGGAGUGGGACAUCACCUCUUUCUGGGGCAGUUCGAUGCUGACCAUCGACCUGGGGCACAACCAAUUCACCGGUCCGAUACCGGAGAAGCUCGUCGGCAGCAGCGUUCUCAGCAAGCUGGUGCUGUCGCACAACAACCUGAGCGGCCCUCUGCCCCAGGCGAUCACCAACAGCUCCUCGCUGCAGAUCCUGCUCCUCGGCAACAACCACCUCGAAGGCCCGUUUCCCGAGUUCGUGCGAGGGACCAGAUCGCUCCUAUCGAUCGUGGACAUCAGCAACAACGUGAUGAUGAAUGGGAGCAUCCCUGAUGCCACGGUCCAGGCCAUGCCCAACCUGGCCUACCUCUCUUUGGCAGGGAACACGCGUAUGUCGGCCGUGUCGACGGAGGGCAAACCGGUGACGUGGCUCGGUCUCAACUUCGGCGAGUUGGGCGCGAGGGACGGGCGCAUGUUCGCCUGUCCCGACCCCGUAACGGUCGCUCCCUUCUCCUUCAAGGUGAUCACGCCGAUCGAGUUCUUCGGCUACGACCAGUGCCGCUGCUCUGCGGGCUUCGUGGGCAUGCCCCCGCAUGGCUGCAAACCGUGUCCGCCGCACAUGGUCUGCAACUCUACCAAGGGCCGCAACGUGGCGUGGCCCCGGGGCUUCUAUCCCGUGUUCAGCGCAGGUGAGUGGGUUGCAGCGCUGCCGUGUCCUGACUACGGCCGUGGGAGCGACAGCGUGUGCAACCCCGAGAACAGCUGCUCCGCUCGCUGGAACUCCAAGCAGUUAUCGUUCGGUUGCCAGCUCUGCGCUCCCGGCACCACGGGGAGGCUCUGCUCGCGCUGUCAGUGCCCGGCGCCCGAGGGAGCCGCGCAUUCAUGCUACUUUGCAUCGCAGCGCCGGUGCAUUGCGUGCCGCGAUGACGUCACAGUCGCGGUCACGAGCCUGCUGGCGGCGGUGAUCGCAGCGGUGGUCGGGCUGGCCGUGGCAUCGUGCGUGUGGCCCCGGCGACCCUUCUUCGCGGCCCUGCGGCGCGCCGCAGGCGAGGUAGGCGAGAGCGGCGCGACCAAGGUGGCCCUCAUGUUCGCCCAGACCACCGCGACGGUCAACUCCGGCUGGCCGGAGUGGGCGCAGACCGGCGGCAUGCGCCUGCUGGGCGUGGCUAACGCGAGCGUGGCCGGCACGGGCAUCGAGUGCCUGCUGAACUGGAUGAGCGAUCCCGUCGCGAACCUGGGCGCCGUGCUGGCCCUCGUGCCGGCCGCGACGGUGGUUAUCGGGGCCGUGGUGGCCGUGCGCGCGGCCUGGUGGCGGUGGGCCGCGCGGCGACCAGACGACGGCCACGGCCUCAGCGGCCCACGGGCGUCAGUGGCGGUGACGAGGAGCGGGACCGAGCAGCAGUCGCUGGCGCUCAUCGUACCACCAGAGGGCGCUGUCAACCUGCUGCCGAUACCAUCAGAUGGCGAUCGAGGCGCAACCGUGUAUCGAGCGCGGCCGUGGGAGAGCGGAGUGCGCGCAUGGCUGUGGGUGGCGUACUGGCUGGUGCUCGAGCUCAGCGUGCGGACCACCGACGUCUUCAACUGCACCCAGGAGCUGCGCACCUCCAGCCGAUGGAUGAAUACCGUGCCCUGGCUGCGCUGCAAUCGGGAAGCUGAGUGGGGCACCAUGCAGAUCAUGGGGUUUGUCUCGCUCGGCGUCCUCGUGUGCGGCAUUCCCGUCGCCUUUGCGGCAGUUCUCUUCGCCUUUCGGCGCCGAGCCGCCACCGGUGACAGCCUCGACGACGGCCACGGCCACGACGAGCAGCGCGCGAUGACGGUGGCCGGACCGCUGGUGGCGUGCUACCGGCCCUCCAUGCACUGGUUCGAGCUCGGUGUGACCCUGCGCCGGAUGCUUGUGGGCCUGAUGGUAGGGUUCGUGCCGGAUUUCAACCUGGCGCGUUCGGGCUUCCUCGAGCUGGUGCUGGUGGGCUCGCUCGCCGUGCAGCACUGGCUGGCGCCGUUCAAGCGGGCGCGCGACAACCGGCUAGAGGAGCUGGCGCUGGGCACGGCGGCGUUCACGUUCGCCGUGCAGGGCGUGUGGCACGGGAUGAACCAGCUCGAGUCGGCCACGAUCGAGCAAGUGUCGGUGGCGGGCAAUGACUACGGCGACAUCCUCGUGACAGUUGACUCGUAUGCAUCAUCGCUGAUGGCGCUGCUGGUGGGGCUCAACGUGACGGUGUUGGCGCUACUCGUGGCCUUUGCCCUGUGGCCUUUCGUCGCGCCGCUCUGGACGAUGGCCGCGCGCCGGUGGCACGCCUCGCCAAGUCUGCGUUCCUUCUCCGUGCAAUGA